AGACACAGUCAUUGCUAAUUAUGCGGAAUCAUUAUAAAUACGACGCAGUUUAACAUGAUAAAAUCCCACUACUUCUCUCUCUCUCUCUGUGUCUCUCUGUAUAUAUACCUUUUCUUGUAUUCUAAGCCUUGUCCUCAUUUAUAGCGUUAGAGAACUCUGAUUCACCCAGAAGCAGAAAAUGAGUUCAGUCUGCAUAUCAAACUGUGUGAAUGACGCGCGUGACCCGCGCGUUCCCGUCAGGGCGACGUACGUGAACCUCUACAAAUGGCCGGAGUCGGACGCCGAGUUCGUGAGGUCAUUCAGCUCAAGCGAUCGCCGGGGACUGCAGGGGCACCCGAGGGUGGUGGACAGCAUCUCAUGCAGGCAGAUGUACUUGAGAAGCUACAAGUUUUCGAGGAAAGAGAGCGUGCCGGAGAAGACCCAGAAAUGUUUCGGGAGGGUCAAAGAGAUAAUGGCCGCUUCAGGAAGGAAGAGAAAUCCUCGUGGGCUUCGAAGGAAGUGUUUGGCUUUGAGCAAAGUAAAGGAGUUGUCGUGCGCCGCCUUGCUUAGGAUCUUCCACCGGUUUUUGUCUUGCGCUGCUAGUGUAGACGUUGUGGACGAGAAAGAUUGACCUGUUUUUAAUUUAGAAACAAAAACAAUUAAGGAGAGUGCUGUUGGCCGGCUGCUAAUUAAUGUUUCUUUAUUUUUAUUUUAAAUUAUGUUGAAGGGAAAAUACAAAAAAAAAAAAAAAAACAUUGUGGAAUAAUAUUUUAUAUAUAUAUAUAUGUAUAUAGGUCGUAUUUGUAUAUCAUCUGCGUGUAUUUUGGUUUUGAUCUACUCUUUUUAAUUCGUUUGCGAGUGAUUCUGGGGAUUAAUGAUAUUGUUAUGUAUUUAAUUAGUAGUAAUAUCAGUAUUUACA